AAUGUGAAUCAUCUGUCAAAACUGGUGUGGAAGAAUUAUUUGUUUCUCCUAUUUUUUUCCUCAUUUCCCUUCCAUUUAUUUUAGUAUUUUAGACAUUUUGUACUUUAUUUGUGGUUUCUCUGCAUUUUCUUUGGUUUUAUGUUGUGAUUUUAUCCAAUGGCAUUGUGGAAAAGUGGUUAAAGACUAAACUUUAAAAAGCCUUCCCGAGGAAAUGGAGUGAAGAAUUUUUUUUCUCGAUAACACUAUCUUGCCGUAAUCGGGUGUUGGUCUUAACAUUUUUGCUAAUUUUACUGUCUCUACUGGAAUUGUGAUUUCUUGCCGUUGUCUCAUGCAUAAUUAUAGAAAAGAAUUGUAAGUGUCGUAAGUGCUGCAGAAAAGGACACAUUGCAGAAAUUUGUCGUGAAAGUGAAAGUAGCAGGAGGUGUAGGAGGGAGUAUUUCUAAAGAACUCGUUUGACGAAAGGACCGAUGAAAAUUUAUUUGAAAAUUGAGAAAAAUAGUUCAGCGAACUCUACGGAUGGGAAACUAGUGGACGAGUUGCAUUUAUAGUCGUUCAAUUGGUCAGCAAUUGACUGCGCCAGCAUUUAAAGCAUAAUGCUGAAUGGAGUGAUUCAAUGAAUUUAUCAGCAGAAUUGUGGAUGACUCAUGGCAAUUGUUAGCUUCUUUGUAAACCAUUCCCUCGUUCAGCAGGUUUUGGAGCAGUAGCCAUCGCUAAAACCUUCCCAAUUGGCUUAAAUUUUGUGGCAAUAAUUGCUGUUUUACCUGUGAUCAGCAAAUUAACACUAAAAUAAUGGAUGGAGAUACUAUUCAGCCACGACCAAUACCCAGACCACGGAGGAAUGUUCAGCAGAAAGUGCCUCAGGAGGAACAGGUGAAGAAGUAUGAGAAUGUUUCCAUGGACAGUGGUCAGACAAUUUUCAAUAUCACAGAAAAAAGUGAAGAAGUGGGUAAAAAGGAGAAGAAUGUGGAUGAACUGGAUAAUCCGUAUAGGAAUGUCAUCACAGAGAUGAACAAUCUCAAUUUAGAACUCAACAAGACCACAGAAAAACAAAUGCUCAUGGAGAGCAGUGUAGUAUCCAAUGAGGAUCUCAAAAAACCCAUUCCAGCUCCCAGGAGGAAUCAACAUCCUCCGGGAGAAAAGGAAACGGGUGCAGUGAGCAAGAAACCUACGAGAAAAGCUCCAGGAUUACCACCCACAAAGGAAUCCCAAGAGACACCAAUUCGUCCUGCCAGACGAAAUUCCCGAGAAAAUCCCAACACUAAGCUCUAUCCUGACUUGGACAUGGAUAAUCGAAGCCUGGAAAAAUCUCCCUCUUCCAGCACACUCAACAGCUCCCAUUCCAGCAAUGACAAUCUCACCAAGUUUAAAACUUCCUCGCCAGGGGAUAUUAUUAAAUCCAUUGGGGCAACGUCUAAAUUGCUGACGGAAUCAAUAACUGAAAGAGUUUCUGCCAAAACCAAGGGAGCUAGGCACAAAUUUGAUAAAAAUGUUCAAUCCUCAAGGGACAAGUUAACAAAUUGGGGCAGUGAAACCAGCGAAAAGCUCAAGAAUGUGCGGGCAAAGGUGAUUGGGAGUGGUUCGAAUUUCUCACUGGGUAGGCAGGAAAAGAAAUCACCGCCAUUUGAUCCAGAUAGACCACAAACUCUCCCUCCCAGUGAUACUGUUUUCCAGUCAAUUCAAUUCAACAGUCCUCUACAGAGCAAGACCAACAAUUGCAAUGAUAUAAGCAUGGCAGAAUCUUCCUAUGAGAUUCCCAAGAGCAAAACUUCACUAACAAGUGGCACUUCCGGUUCGAUGGAUGGGAAAAAUUCCCAGUCGAUCCCAGGCACCCCGAAACUAUCCGGAAACUUCGAAAGGAACUCCAAUAUGACCCAGAGCAUGGUUAGUUCUAUGGGGAAGGGCAAGAAACCUGUACCGGUAAUGAGAAUUCGCAGUGAAAGUAACUUGUGCAAUGUCCAAGACUCAGAUUCAUCAUCUGUAGAGGGUUUUCCUUGUCCAACUGAUCCAGCUCCUGUGCUCAAAUUAGAACCACCCUAUGGGAAGAUUAAAAAGUCACAUUACCAAGACAGUACAGAAAGUGAUUCAGAGAACGUUCAGGUGAGACGUCGAGAAGAUUAUGAAAACACCAGCAUUGCUUCCAAUAGAGCAACGGUUGAUUCCAAUGAGAAAUCUCUAUAUCCAAGAUUAUUUUCCCGCCUGGCGAGUGUCGAUAGUUCCUUGGAGGAUUUUUAUGAGAGUCGGAAGCAAGCAAGAGCAGCUGGAGAAAGUAAUCCCAAUAAGUCAGAUUCCUGGACAUUCUACGAUGUUGCAGUUAAUGAAGAUGAGAGGGAAAUGAGCUCUCCAGAGCCUAUUUAUGCCAAUCAGGAGCCAGUAUAUGGAAGACUCUGUGAUAUGGAAUCCACAAAGAAGGGCAUCAUGUCACCACAGAAAGUCGCUCAAAUGCAGGCCAAUAGACUUUCUGGGAGGAAUCCAAAGGAUAUUAUAGAUGAAUUUGAUCCUCUCUUUGCCGCCUCGAUCAAUGAAAACUUUCUCAACAAGAGCAAUCAGUUGAUCUUGCUGGAAAAUCUCCUGGCUGAGGAAACUUAUGGUUCUAUUGAUGAUGAUAACAUCACAGAUGAUCAGAGUUUAACUCCGGAUUUAUCAGAUGAUGAUAAUUCCAGUGUUGACGCGGUACCAGGACCUGAAAGGAGCGAUGCUGGAGCAAGUGGAUCGGGACAAACAGGAGCAAAAAGAAGUGUUAUCAUUCAUCAGAAUUUGAGAUUGAGGUCAGACAGUUUGGAGAAUAUUGUCGAUGAAGCGGCUAUUGAGCCGUACCUGGCCCAGGUUGAUGAGGAUCACUUUGCUGCUGAAGGAGCUACGGCAGAUCUGAGGCGUCCAACAGCUCCCAGAACCAAUUGGUUUGUCGAUGAAGCAGCUGCUGUCCGAGAGAGAUUAGCCAAGGAACAAAAUAUCGAUCCGGCGAAUAAAAAUGAUUUGAGCGGGGGAAAAAGGGUUCCAGACAAAGUGGCCAAGAGCAUCCCAAAGAUCCCCCCAAUUGAUCCACCGUCGUAUCAAGAGGCCAUUAGUUCUGGAGCAAAUCAAGCAGGGUCCGAAAAGAAACCAUCAGCUGUUCCUGCCCAAACUCCAACUGUGCAAUCUUCAGGCACUUCGAUGAUGUCACGUUUCUCGAAUGCCCUGCAAAAGGGCCGGAUAAAUCUCCUGCGAAAAUCUAGCUUCAAGUCUGGAGGGAAAAAAGAAGUGGCCACUGUUCUGGAGAUGAUUCCCAAACCUCCAAUAAUUCCGCGGGGUUUGCGCCACGAUGGCUACUUGAUCAGAUUGCCAUCAGGAUCGGGAGUAGUCAAGGACAUCCUCAAAGAAUUUCAGAGUCGCUAUGUAAUUAUGCAUGAGCAGAAAUUCUCCACAUUCCUCGAUGGCAGUUGCAAGGCACCUAAGGAAACCUUUCCUUUGGAUCAUGUUACCACCAUUCAGAUUGUCCUGAAUCACAAAUUCAGCAACAGCACCACCGAGAAACACUGUUUCGAGGUGACUGUAACCACUCCCAAGAGCCAUUCAAGUACUCAGGCUCUCAAUAAUCCCAAUAUGGUCAUGACCACCAGCAACAGUGGGAACACCAAAGCUCAAAGAAUGUGCUACCUGUACAGUGCUCCCAAGGCAUCAGAGAGAAACAAAUGGAUGCAGAGAUUCAUCGAGAGUAUGACAGAUGUCUUUCCAUCCGGUGUUACCAAUGACUUUUCCCGUGCUGGAUGGUGCUACCUUAAGAAAUCCAUCACUUCCCAGUGGUCAGGAGCCUGGAUUCUCCUGCAACAUCGCAAACUUAUCUUCUACAGCACGGCAGAUAAGAAGCUGGAAGUGAUGGAUCUGAGAAAAGCUCGUUGCCUUGUACUUAAGGAUUCGGAUGAUUCCAUCGUGAAUCUUCAUGUGGAAUCCGGACCAUGCCUCAUGAUUGAUUGUCCACCAUUUACGGUGUACUUCAUCAUGAAUUCACCACGCGAAACCAAGAUCUGGAGGCACAUUGUCAAAGAAGAAGCCCUAAAGAAUGGCCGGCUGCUGAAGCAUCAGCAACUGACUAAAGAUAAUGUUCCUGUCUUGAUAGACAAAUGCGUGAACUUUAUCUAUGCCCAUGGCUCAAUGUCAGAGGGGAUUUAUCGUAAGUCCGGAACGGAGAAUGCCAUCCAAAAGCUCCUCAAUGCGUUCCAAGCGGAUGCUUUUAGUGUUCAAAUCACGCGGUCAGAGUAUUCUGAGCACGAUGUUGCGAAUGUUCUAAAGAGAUUUAUUCGAGAUUUGCCAGAACCGAUGCUAGGCAAAUACACUGUGGGCUUCCUAAGUAUCUCAUCGCUGAAAUCAGCCACAGAGAAAGUUGAUUCCUACAAACAACUUCUCGGACGAUUGCCAACCAUUGAGUAUCAAGCUCUGAGGAAGUUGCUGGGACAUUUGAAUUUCAUCCAAUCUCAGAAGCAGCAGAAUAAAAUGAGCUCAGAAAAUCUGGCCAUGAUUUGGGGAUCAAAUUUGCUCUACGAUAAAGAUUCAACAAAUGGAGAAGUGAAGUAUUCAACACAAGAAACCUCCACAAUGCACGAUUUGAUUAUUUACUACAAAAAUCUCUUCCAUCCGACUGCCGAUGAAGUGGCCAAGGAGCAGAUUAUGCUGUCGGUCCUUCAGAAAUAUCAUGCAACUGCGGAAAAUCUUGCGGAUACAGUCAAGAAGUCCGGAGAUCUUAAAGUUUGGAUUACGAUUGUCGAUGAGAAAAAUAGCGACGAAAAGCAGCAGAUUAAUGUUUCGCUAACUCCAACAAAGACAGUGCAUGACUUGUGUAAAGAACUCGCGGGAAAAAUCAAUUUGCCGCCUCAUCGAGUGACUCUGUCGGAAAUUCUUUUGGGUGGAGAUCUCAAGCGUCCCCUCCAUUACACGGAAAAUGUCCUCAACAUUGUUCUCAGAUGGACUGAUUGGUCAGAUGCUGAUCGGAAGGACAACUACUUGGAGUUGCGCCCUACAAAAUAUCUCUACGAAAUUGAACGAGCUCUAAGGAAUCUACCAACAGUUUCUCCCAAUACUGAGCUAAAAUUCGCCGAUUCAAAGACCAAGACCCUCAAACCCUUCACGCUGGAACUUCUGGAAGGGAAGAUUACGGUGAUCAAGAAGGAGAAGCAGGUGGAUGUGAAGGUGAAGGAGAUAGAUUUGAAGAAUAUCGUGGCUUAUUUGGGAUGCGAAACGAAGCGCGAGUGCCAAUUCCGAUGGGCAAUAACUCUCGUUGAGAAUUCUUUCAUGAAGAGGAACCGAGAUUCUCCGUUUAUGGGACACAUUUUGGCUGGAACCAAUUCAAAUGAUCAGAUAAUCUGGUAUUCGAGUAUUCUGCACUGUCUCUACAAAACGGACAUUCUUCCAACGGCUGAAUUAAUUUUGCCGUGAAUUUUUCAAAUAGAUUUUUUUUAGUAACACAAAAUGCCAUUUAACAUUUUUUCAAGACGUAAAAGUUUAAUAUUUAGAGAUUUUUAACAAUCACCAAUAGAAUUAUUUUUUAAAUGACUUUUUAAGAUAAAGCGGAAAUUGGAAAUGCAAAGAAAUGUGAUUUUUACAAGAGAAAGAAAUAAAAAUGUGAAAGAGUAGAAUGACAUUAAUUGGAAAACAUUGUUGAUUGUAGAAAGUAAAACUAUUUUAUAUAUUGUACACAUAUAUUUUACAAAUAUAUUUCUUUAUCAUAUUGAAAAAAAAGCAAA